AUGUCUCUCCGCAACCCAAGCCAGCUCCUCCGGCGAGCAAUCCGUCUCGCCACCCCAAUUGAACUCCGCCAAACCCAACCCCAAUCUCGACGCUUCCACGCCUCUCCCCCAACCCUCAAGAAGCGCAGAAUCGCACCCGCAGCAAACUCACCCUCCCGACCAGAAGCCCCCUCCGCAACAGCAACAGCCCCCGACCCCGAAAACCCACUCGACUUCACCGCGCUGCUCGCAUCCCUCACCCCCCACGACACACACUUCAAAGCGCAGCUCCAAACGAUCCUCCACGGCGGCCGCUUCAACCCCUCCUCCCUCGGCGCGCUCAGCAUCCCCAUCAAAUCCCCCGCCGGCGAAACAGAAACCUUUCCCCUCCGCGAACUCGCACAGGUGGUCCCCCGCUCGGGUAGGACGAUAUCCCUCCUCGUCAAUGACAGGGAGUACGUCAAGCCGAUUAUGAGCGCCGUCCAGGCCAGCCGCGAGUUCAACCAGCAGCCACAGCGGUCGGAGGACAAUGAUUUAGAGUUACUGCUGAGGGUUGAGCUAGAGCGGAAGGAGGAGCUCGUGCGCAGGAUCAAGGACACGACGCAGGCGUGGAAGGACAAGGUUCGACAGGCGAGGAGCAAGCAUGACAAGGUGCUGAAGGCGUGGCAGAAGGAUGGGACGGUGUUGAAGGAUGUGGUGAGACGGGCGGAGAGGGAGUUGCAGAAGGUGCAGGAUGGGAAGAUGAAGGAGGUUGAGGGAGAGGAGAGUGCUGCGAUUAAGGGCCUGGAUAGGAAUUGA